CUGCGGGGCGCACGGAUCGGCAUUCGAAACUUCUCUCCCUGCGCAGGAGUCUUGAGACAAGAACGGUCACAAUUUAUCGCUGCCUUAUCUCUUAUAUGUGUAUGUGAUGCCCUUGAAACCCUGUUCAGAAAAGGCCGUUCAUAUCCCAUACUCAUACAACCAUCCAGGUCUUGUAUCUGGGCAGUGAACCAAAUUGAGGUCCUCUCGACCUACAUACUGCCAUCAUGGCAUUUCCUACAUUAAUUCUUGGGGUCGUCUUAUUCGGUGCAUAUGCACUAUACAAGUACUUGAAUACAUCUCGUUGUAACAAGAUUCCAACUGGUUUGAAGGAACUACCUGGUCCAAAAGGUUAUCCUUUCUUGGGUUCAGCGCUUGAAGUUCCCGAGAAGAACGGCUUCAUCAAGUUCGCAGAUUGGGGCAAAGAAUACGGCCCUAUCUACCAGGUCAACUUGGCCGGAUCCAAUCACGUCUGGAUAUCUUCAGACCAUAUCGCUAGGGACUUGUUGUCCAAGAGGGCAGCCAUCUACUCCGAUCGACCACAUAUCCCUGCCCUGAUUGACGACAACCGCUCGAGCGCACAAUACCUUCCUCUGCUGAGCAGAAAUGAUGGUUGGACCCGUCAAAGAAAGUUCGCAAGCGUAAUCAUGCGCGAAUCGGAGAAGGUCCAAUUCCAUCACUAUCCUGAAAUGGAGGCAAAACGAAUGCUAGUCGAGCUACUGGACGACCCGGAUCGAUACAAUCAAGUCCUGGAGUCUUUUAUAUCUCGUGUUACCUGUCGUCUGGCUUGGGGUCAUAGCGAAGCCAGUGAUGAACUCAAACAGCGUGCGCGCGAACUCCUUAUCGGCGUCUCUCCUACUGGGUCUCUGGCCAAUAAGCUACCAUUUCUGAUGGCUCUUCCUGACUGGCUCUCCCCAGCAAAAGCAUGGGAGCGGAGGCGCGCUAAGACUGAACGAACGUUCUUUCAGACCAUGCAGGCUCAGGUCGAGAAGGAUAUCCAAGGGAAAGAAGCACCUCUUUCGUGGAUGAAAAUCUUUCUGGAAAAUCGCAGCAAAUGGGGCUUCAACUCCGACCUCGAGGGUGCAUACGCGGUUGGGAUGCAUGGUAUUGCAGGUGCUCUCACAAUCGCUGCUCCAAUGCAGACCUUCUGUCUAGCGAUGACACACUAUCCACAAUACCUGCCAAUGUUACAUGAAGAGCUGGAUCGCGUCUGUGGAGACCGUUUACCUGUUCAAGGAGACCGUCCGAACCUACCUUUUCUUCGGGCCAUCAUUCGCGAAUGUAUGCGCUGGCGUCCACCUGUCCCGACGGGUAUCCCCCAUUACCUGUCGCAGGACGAUGAAUACAAUGGCUACCACAUUCCCAAGGGUAGCACCAUCCACCCUCUCGAAUGGGCAAUCGCGCGUGAUCCUGAUAUGUUCCCUGAUCCCGAGACCUUCAAUCCCCUCCGGUGGAUCAAACCGGAGUACCCAUCUUAUCGAGAACCUCUUACUCAGUAUCCCACCAUCAUCAACUCGACACAAUUUGGCUACGGCCGGAGACUAUGUCAAGGCCAGUCGGUAGCGGACGAAGACUUGCUUGUCGGAAUUGGAUCCAUCGCGUGGUUAUUCAACAUCAAUCGAUCAUCAGAGAGCACAAACACAUCAUCCUUGCAAUUGCCAAACGGAAUUGGCAUGAAUGAGAAGGCUUCCAUUUCCAGCGAAGAGCUCAAUGCAGGCAUUGGAACACAAGAACCAACAAUGGAGCACACCAUUCUCUCCAAAUACAUCUACCCCGGAUCUCGUACAGAACUCAAGAAGCAGAAGCCGGCGCAACCCGUCUACAAGCCCCUAGAAUGGGGCGAUGUUUCCCAGAAACCUGCCGACGCUUCUCUAGACAUGACAAUCCUGCUCAUCGCAAAGCCAGUUCCAUUCACGUUCCAGCUCAAACCCCGUGAUGCGGAACGGGCUACCAAGAUCCGGAAUCUGUUCGGUGAGGGCGUCGAGCGCGGCGACUACAAGGAUAGCCGCGAGUACUGGGGCCCAAACCAAGGGCGGAAUAAACCGCUUGGUUGGGGCAAGGUAUGAGAUAUGCACAGCAUGCUGACUGCUGACUGCUGCUGAUCGGCGACCCUGCAGCAGGGCUUAGCUGCCGUACACCAGUGGGGACCCGGAGACGCAGCCCCGGGCGUUGAUCAGGUGCCAGGGUUUUACCCUUCCUUCGUUCUUACAUGCAUGGCCAAGGCGUUGAUUGCUACCCUUUUGAUUAUU